AUGUGCAGAAUCAACAACCACUCCUACAAAAGACUGCUGUGGAAUGGCACUGCUUUGAAGAAGCGCUGCUUUCAUUCCGAGUACUUGGGGGAUGUACUCCGUCAACGGACCUGGUCACCGGUGAAUCCCAUUCUGGAAGACACGAAAUCCUUUGAAACUACAAGUACAAGUAGUACUAGUACUGUCAUCUUACCCAAGUAUUCGCAAUGGCGACCCCAUCAUAUGCAAGAUGCAGUUCAGAAAUAUCCACUGCAAUUCCAAAAAGAUCAAAACAAGUUGCUGGAAACGCUCAAGGAGGACUGCUCCCGCCAAUACAACAACCAGGACAAUAACAAUCUGAACCAAAUCCUGACGGACUGGGAUGCUCUACAAGCACCACUGCAUUUCUUGCAUGGAUCGUGCUAUGCAUUGACCCUUCUGGCAGAGACAUUAACACAACAACAGGAAUGGAACAAGGAAUACAACAGACUGCAAGCACAUCUACCCAUACCACUGCAACAAUCCAUCAUUAGUGAUGACAACAGCUUUUCUACAGACGAGGAGGAAGAGUAUCUCCAAUUUGUGCAACUCUUGCAUGCAUGUUUACAAAAUGCAUUAGGUGAUGAUAUCAAUAAUGAACACGACGACAACCGCAGUAGUGCAUCUGACGGAACAAGAGACUACUACUGGGCCGGUACUUUUCUAUUAAGAAAAAUACAACACCAAACGGGAAUUCACUUGCCCUCGGAUCAACGUCGAGAAUUUCAGCAGACGGCCCGCAAGAUCCAGUCCGCACAGUCCAGGAUACGACAAAUGGACGCCCGUGAUAUGUCUUCAUCACACAGACCACAACAACAGCAGCUAUUAGUGGACGAUACCAACACCAUUGUGGAAGUCGGGAACCAGAAUGCCAAACGGUUGGGAUACGACAAUUAUCUACAGCAAAUCGUUAGUAGUACGGGAUCUCGCAUGGCAACAUCGGAACAGCAGAUUCGAGACAUGAACAUGGCCGUCGCAGAACUGUUUCAACCACUCGCCGAGGCCAUUCAACACGAUCCAUUUGACAAACAAUGGCUCGAGAAACAACAUGUGCCAUCUCCGACACUGAAUGGAACACUCCAAGCUCUGUUCCAGCUCCUUGGUUCCUCCUCGGAUUCUUGUUUGUUGGGAAACAGUAACAAGAACACCAUUGAAAUCAUACAGCAGUCAACAAACGACGACGAGGCUAGAGACUUGUUGUGGCACAAGGAGAAUCGAAUCUUUCACGUCUAUGAAGAUGCAGCAGUACUUUUAGGGACCAUCAUUCUGGAUCCGUUCCAGCGAACGGGCAAACCAGAGCAAGCAUUUACCAUUCCACUGCGUCACAGGAGAGGCAACAACCACUUGCCACCGUUGGUGGCGGUCUCGGUGAACAUGAGUCCCCCCGUCUGGGAUAACGACAAGGAUGUUACCAUAACAUGGGAAGAUGCGGAGACUCUCUGGCAUGAAUUUGGUCAUGCCAUGCAAUUCGUGUUGGCCCAAACAUCGGUGGGGACAUUGACGGGAGCACAGAAUAUGCCUACGGAUGUUUCCGAGAUUGUACCAAAGAUCAUGGAACUCUGUCUGUUUGACGAGUCUACGCUGCUCUCGGUCAUGGACUUCUCCUCCGCCAACAGCAGCAGCAGCAGCAGUAAUUCUCUAACGCCAGCAAUGAUCGAAACAAUCCACGAGUGGCGGUUGCAUCGUCGAGCACUGCAGUCCUUGCAACAUGCGUUUUGGGGGACACUUGAAUUGGACUUGUUCACGUGUGCUGACGACGCCUCUUGGGAGCGCGGAUCCUUGGUGGAGCUGAAGCGACAACUUGCGUUUCAGUACAUUCCACAUGAUUUACCUGCAGGCAAGGAUGACCUCUCAACAAUCCUCCAUGUCAUGCAAAGCAAUGCCACAGGAAUGCACAUUGGAAUGUAUCGAUAUCUUUGGGCCGAAGUGUUCAGUGCCGCGUGGUACCGCCAUAUCAUGUGUGGUGAUGUUGCAAGUGAUGACAGGCGUUCAUCAUCAAAUCUUACCCAGAAGAAAGAAUUGAGAAGGGGGUUUCGGGAGAAGCUCCUGGAUCCAGGUGCUGCUGUGGACACAGACAAACUUUUGCUAGGGGGGGUGAACGAUUGCGAGGGUGUUCUGGAGACAUUGAUGCUGGACGUGUACAGCCGAUGA